ACCCUUGCGCAGCGUAACCACAACUCGCCUUUGUUCCAUAUCAUACUUCUAACCACAGCCUUUAGAAAAUUCAGCCUGACUCCAAUGAAAUUCCGACUUGCUCUCAAAAUCACCGUGUUUCCGUGACUGACAACUGGAUACAUAAUCAACACCGAAUAUGAACAUACAGCUGGAUAUUAGAUGGUCGACUUGGUCUUCACAAUUAAGGUAGAAGAGAACGCUUUGCUGACGAGGAGCAAUCAGCACCAGGCCUGGAGAACGUCGCAGGAGGGCCAGCCGCGUCCAGGUGGAUGGUGGGCGCUGCAGAGGAGGAGGAGGAGGAGGAGGGCGAGGUCGAUGGGGCGUUGUUGCAGGAAGCGCCGCAGACGCCCUUUGGGAUCGAAGCCAGGCCCGCGAUCCUUCCUCAGGUGUAUGGCACCCUGGCCACCGCCCUUACCCACAUGGGCAUGGGUACAAUCCUCGGGUUUUCGGGCAUCACUCUGCCCCAACUCACGGACUCGACCUCGAAUGACCUCGUGCUGAAUACCUUCCAGGUUGCCAUAUUUAGCAGCGUGAUCAACCUCGGGGCCGCCGUCGGGUGCAUCGCCGGGGGCGUCCCCCUGGUGCGGAUCGGCCAGAGACUCACGCUGCUCAUGAUCCUGCCGGUGGCGCUGUUGGCCUGGCUCACCCUCUUCACCUCGCAGUACAUCUGGGCGAUCGUGGCUGCGCGGGCCGUGCUGGGCAUCGCCAUGGGCAUCAUGGCCAGCUCGUCUGUGAACUACAUCGUGGAGCUGGCGGACAGCAGUCUCCGGGGCAGACUGGUGGCCAUGCUAAACAUCUCGCGGUACAUUGGCUACCUGUUCAUCUACGCCGUGGGCAGCUCGGCUCUGACGUGGCGGGAGGUGGCCCUCGUGUGCGGCUGCGUCACCACCGUCCCGCCCUUCGUCGGGCUGCUCUUCCUGCCCGACUCCCCGCGGUGGCUUGCGACGCGGGACCGCCUUGAGGAAGCCCGCCGCUCUCUCGUGUUCUUCAGAGGCCCUGACUACGACUCCAUCCAGGAGCUGAACAGCAUCCUGGCGCAGCUGGACCAGAGCUUAGGAAGCUGCAAGAGCACGAGGGACCAGCUGCGGCGCAUGCGACAGCCGGCCAUCCUGCGCAGUUCCAUGAUCAUCGCCUUCUUGCACCUUACAAUGGCUUUCUCUGGCAGCUUCGUGAUCAGCGCCUACCUCGUCACCAUCUUCGACGCGGCGCACGUCAACCUCAGCUCCUACUACAGCGCCGUCGUGAUCGGUUUGGUUCGCAUCGUCGGGGUUUCCGUCAACAUCUUGUUCAUCGACAUGAUCGGCCGGAAGCCCCUGCUCAUCACCUCGUGCUCCGUGUGCGGGGCCUGCCUCUUCAUGCUCGGAGGCUUCUUCUACGACCAGACCUUCAAGAUCGAGUUCAGCGAGAUGUGGGUCCCCCUCGCCUGCCUCUCCAUCUACAUAUUCUUCUCGUCCAUGGGCUUCCCCGUCGUCGAGCUCGUCCUCGGCGAGUUCCUCCCGACGACCGUCCGUGCCACAGCCGUGUCCAUCCUCUACACGAUCCUCUUCGUGGGCGUGUUCGCUGCAGUGCAAACGUACCCCUACGUAGCAGACGCCAUGGGCAAGUACGGAGCCUUCUGGGUGUACGGCGUCUGCAACUUCUUGAUGGCGAUCGUCAGUGCCCUCACGCUGACGGAGACACGCGGCCAGACCCUCGAACAGAUCUCGCAGCAGCAACAGGCGCGGAGGUAAAAAGCCUUAUUCUGGGAGUCGUGUGUUGUGCUGCGAUCGCAUUAGACAUUAGCGGCGCUGAAAUGCCAAAUUUUGAGUGAGUGUAUCACGGAAGGAAGAAUGGGAAUGAUGAUCGAGAGAGAACGAUAUUUAGUAACAUUGUUCGAAAAUAAUAUUGCAAAAUGUAAAAACUUUUUGUGUGUGUUACGUAAAUGAGAUGAAACAGUUCACACAUUAAUAUAAUUUAUUUUUCCACUUUUAAUUCAUACAAGUUAUUACGAUUUAUAGUUUAUGCGAUGUUAUUUUUGGUAAUGCAUAAUAAAGUCUAUUAUCCCCACAGGAUUAUAUACAUUUUUU